GCGCUGCUGCCGCCGCGGGAGACCCAUAAGCGGGGGAGUGAGAGGUGCAUGAAAUGGAGAAAAAUGGCGGAUCAUGUGCAGGGCCUUGCCCAGCUGGAGAUCCUAUGUAAGCAGCUGUACGAGACUACCGACACCGCCGUCCGACUCCAGGCAGAGAAAGCUCUGGUGGAGUUCACCAACAGCCCCGACUGUCUCAGCAAAUGUCAGCUGCUGCUGGAGAGAGGCAGCUCUUCGUAUUCCCAGCUACUCGCUGCCACAUGUUUAUCUAAACUAGUGUCUCGGACAACUAACCCUCUACCCCUUGAACAGCGCAUCGACAUCCGGAACUAUGUGUUGAAUUAUCUGGCGACGAGGCCAAAGUUAGCAGCGUUUGUGACCCAGGCGUUGAUCCAGCUGUAUGCCAGGAUCACCAAACUGGGCUGGUUCGACAGUCAAAAAGAUGACUACGUCUUCAGGAACGUCAUCGCUGAUGUGACACGCUUCCUACAGGACAGUGUUGAGCACUGCAUCAUAGGUGUCACCAUCCUGUCUCAGCUGACGAAUGAGAUCAAUCAGGCCGACACGACGCAUCCCCUGACCAAACAUAGGAAGAUUGCUUCUUCGUUCAGAGACUCAUCCCUCUUCGACAUCUUCACUCUCUCCUGCAACCUUCUCAAACAGGCUUCGGGGAAGAACCUGAACCUGAAUGAUGAAUCCCAGCAUGGCCUGCUAAUGCAGCUUCUCAAACUCAGCUACAAUUGCCUCAACUUCGACUUCAUAGGAACUUCCACAGACGAGUCAUCGGACGACCUCUGCACCGUACAGAUCCCCACGUCAUGGAGAUCAGCAUUUCUUGAUUCCUCCACACUGCAGCUGUUUUUCAAUUUAUAUCAUUCCAUCCCGCCAUCCCUUUCCCCAUUGGUGUUGUCGUGUCUAGUUCAGAUCGCCUCCGUCAGGAGGUCUCUCUUCAACAACGCAGAACGAGCCAAGUUCCUCUCGCACUUGGUGGAUGGAGUGAAGAGGAUAUUGGCAAAUCCUCAGUGUUUGCCAGAUCCCAACAACUACCAUGAGUUCUGCCGUCUUCUGGCGAGGCUCAAGAGCAACUACCAGCUGGGCGAGCUGGUGAAGGUGGAGAACUACCCGGAGGUGAUCCGUCUCAUCGCCAACUUUACCGUCACCAGUCUGCAGCACUGGGAGUUUGCUCCUAACAGCGUCCACUACCUGCUGAGUCUUUGGCAGCGAUUGGCAGCAUCGGUUCCCUACGUCAAAGCCACUGAGCCUCACCUGCUGGAGACCUACACCCCGGAGGUGACCAAGGCCUACAUCACGUCACGGCUAGAGUCGGUGCACGUCAUCCUCAGAGACGGCUUAGAAGACCCUCUAGAUGACGCCGGCCUCGUGCAGCAGCAGCUGGACCAGCUGUCCACCAUCGGCAGGUGCGAGUACGAGAAGACGUGUGCUCUGCUGGUGCAGCUGUUCGACCAGGCGGCGCAGACGUACCAGGAGCUGCUUCAGUCCACCAACUCCAGCGCCGCAGACAUCACGGUGCAGGAGGGUCGGUUAACAUGGUUGGUUUAUAUAAUCGGAGCUGUGAUCGGUGGACGAGUGUCGUUCGCCAGUACGGACGAGCAGGACGCCAUGGAUGGAGAGUUAGUCUGCCGGGUGCUCCAGCUGAUGAACCUGACGGACUCUCGGCUCGCUCAGGCAGGCAACGAGCGGCUGGAGCUGGCCAUGCUCAGCUUCUUCGAGCAGUUCAGAAAGAUCUACAUCGGUGACCAGGUGCAGAAAUCCUCAAAGCUUUAUCGGCGUUUAUCAGAGGUUCUGGGCUUGAACGACGAGACCAUGGUGCUUAGUGUCUUUAUAGGAAAGAUCAUCACAAACUUGAAGUACUGGGGCCAGUGUGAACCAAUCACCUCCAAGACACUCCAGCUGCUGAACGACCUUUCCCUCGGGUACAGCAGUGUGAGGAAACUGGUGAAGCUCAGCGCCGUGCAGUUCAUGCUCAACAACCACACGAGCGAACACUUUUCCUUCCUGGGAGUGAACAACCAGUCGAAUCUGAGCGACAUGAGGUGCCGCACCACCUUCUACACGGCACUGGGGCGCCUGCUGAUGGUCGAUUUAGGUGAGGACGAGGACCAGUUUGAACAGUUCAUGUUGCCUCUGACGGCUGCGUUUGAAGCUGUAGCUCAGAUGCUGAGUACAAACACGUUCAACGAGCAGGAAGCCAAGAGGACGCUGGUGGGUUUGGUCCGAGACCUGCGAGGCAUCGCGUUUGCCUUCAACGCCAAGACCAGCUUCAUGAUGCUGUUUGACUGGAUAUACCCGGCAUAUAUGCCCAUCCUGCAGCGAGCCAUCGAGCUCUGGUACCACGACCCGGCCUGCACUACUCCUGUCCUCAAGCUCAUGGCCGAGCUGGUGCACAACAGAUCCCAGAGGCUUCAGUUUGACGUCUCGUCACCAAACGGCAUCUUGUUGUUCAGGGAAACUAGCAAGAUGAUCACCACCUACGGGAAUCGUAUCCUGACACUGGGAGAAGUCCCGAAGGACCAGGUGUACGGCGUCAAGCUGAAGGGCGUCAGCGUGUGCUUCGCCAUGCUGAAGGCCGUGCUCAGUGGAAACUACGUCAACUUUGGCGUUUUCCGUCUGUAUGGCGACGACGCUCUGGACAACGCCCUGCAGACCUUCAUCAAGCUCCUGCUGUCCAUCCCUCACAGCGACCUGCUGGACUACCCAAAGCUCAGCCAGUCCUUCUACUCGCUGCUGGAGGUCCUGACUCAGGACCACAUGAAUUUCAUCGCCAGUCUGGAGCCGCACGUCGUCAUGUACAUCCUGUCGUCGAUAUCGGAGGGCCUCACGGCGCUCGGUAAAGCUUUGACCUCCACCAGUGGGGACACCAUGGUGUGCACCGGCUGCUGCUCCAGUUUGGACCACAUCGUCACUUACCUGUUCAAGCAGCUGUCCCGCUCCACUAAGAAGCGGCCCGCUCCCAUGGCGACGGACGACCGGUUCCUGCACAUCAUGCAGCAGCACCCAGAGAUGAUCCAGCAGAUGCUCUCCACGGUGCUGAACAUCAUCAUCUUUGAGGACUGCAGGAACCAGUGGUCCAUGUCCCGACCUCUGCUGGGCCUCAUCCUGCUCAACGAGAAGUAUUUUGCUGAUCUGAGGAACAGCAUCGUCAACAGUCAGCCUCCUGAGAAGCAGCAGGCCAUGCACCUUUGUUUUGAGAACUUGAUGGAGGGAAUUGAAAGGAACCUUCUAACAAAGAAUCGGGACAGGUUCACGCAGAAUCUGUCGGUGUUCAGGAGGGAGGUCAACGACAGCAUGAAGAACUCGACGUAUGGCGUCAACAGCAACGACAUGAUGAGCUGACAUUCCACGCGGCUGCAGACCGAGCUCCCCCCUCCCCUCACCCCUCCGUGGCUGCUCCACCACCUCCCCCCUCUCUGCAUCCGCCUCCACCCCCCCUCCCACCCUCCCUCCCUGGGCCCGGAUGCCUAGGGAUCAUGUCCCCCACCCCUCCCCGACACGACGCUGGUUCAGCUCCCCGCCUCCUUUUUGAUAUGAGCAUAUAUAAAUAUAUACAGAUGUAUUUUAAAGCUGGUCUGCGCUGGUCUGGCUGUUCUAACGGAGGACGGACUGAUGGAGGGAGGAGGGGGGAGGGUUGCAUGUCUAAGCACUCUAAUCACUGACAGAGGAAGGCCAGAGUGCUGCGGCUGUAAACGGUGGCGAACGGGACGACGGGGACGAACGCCGGUAAUCGUAGUAAUCCGCUUCUGCCUGCCUUGUAUAGAAAAACACACAGAAAAAACCAAGUGUACAUUUUUUUUCGUAACAUUUUGAACAAUGUUUAUAAUGAUUGAAUUUAAAAACACGAAGGUGAGUCGAGGAAAAAAAAACUACAAAAAACAGAAAAAAAACACGUGUGAUUGAGCUUUUUACAGUGUAGUGAGUUAUUGCAAAGCGUCUGCGUGGGGAGCGAGCUUUCCACCGGAGGAAGGGGGGGGGUGUCACGGGGAAUAGAGGUACACACUAACGAAAGGGAGAGUCAGAGCACCCAUGUUGUACAUUUUUCUCAGUCUCUGCUUGAAGUGAUGUAAAUAAUCCUGCGGCUCUUAAAGGGGCAGUUCUGAUGUUUUUCAUCCCCGCGCGUCCGGGCAGUCCAGAGCGAGCGGCGUUGUUUCCUUUCUGAGUGAAGAGAUUCUGUCUGAAUGAUCCUCCUGGUGCUGAAGAAGUGUUUUCUGAGAUUUGCUGCUUUUUGUGUGGGGGGAGCACAAACACGACAAUAAAUUGGUUGCAUAAAAUAAAACUUCUGGUCCCUUUUGGGACAACGACGAUGAGCAUUUUAACUGACUUGAGAUGAAACCAGUGGUAGGAUAAAAUGAAUAGAAUAGUGGGGGAAAUAAGUUGGCAGUUGCAGUGACGGGUGACAAAAUUUAAACUAUUCAAUAAAAAUCAGAUAUUUCAUGAUCGUAAACUGAAAACGUUCUCGUUCCUGUUCAGACUUUCAAUCUCGUUUCAUGAGAUCUCAUUUUCUCUCACAAUUAGCAGAAAUAAUUCAAAACCUGUUAAUCAUUAAGACGGGAGUUAUCAUCAAUUAAUCAGUCAUGUAAAAAGGUUUCUUAAGGCUGAGUUUCCUCCAUCAAAUCGACGCCGUGCCUACGCCGUCACCGUGACGCCGUCGUGAACCUUCGGACGUCUCCAUCACUCCAUUUCUCCGCGGUGCAGUAACCCUCGUGACCGCUAAUUCUUUUCCUGAAUGGUUUAUCCGACUUUUUCCGGUCACAGAGAAUCAAAGAGAUAAGGACAACUAUUGUGCAAAAAACCAAAACAAAAAUAAUCACACAUACAUGAAGAAAAGAGCGCUGAAAGUUCACGACUGCUUCAAACUGGAAACCGGAAAUGUGUUGCUUCCAAGCAAACCAAUCAAAGCCCUCUCGUCUGCGUGUGGUCUGCGUCACCUCCACGCGUAGCUACAAUUUUUGGGAGGUGCAGGUCAGUGACGGCGUGUGGUCUGCGUCGACGCGUAGCACGCGCCGUAGGCACGGCGUCGUUUUGAUGCAGAACCAAAGCUCAGCCUUGACUUCCACGUUACUGAAUAUAUUUAAAGCGACUCUGUGCAGUAAUGCUGCCUCUGACCACAUGGGGGCGCUGCUGGGUCCGUCAUGUCCCAGUAUACUGGCCUCCCAGCACAAACCAGUUACUCUGGGGCUAAUGUGACGACUCGUACAGAGAAAGGAGCGCUGCAGAAACGCCAACAACGUCCCACACUUCAUUUCACGGCUCGGUUGAAUGUCGAUCCGAUCGGGUCCAGAGGUGUUUGUUGGUGCCGCCCCGGAAAUUUAAACCAAACACAGGAGAACCGCACUAAUUCCUUAGAUCAGACCCAAUUGGGACCGUAAGCAAAAGUAAUUUGGAGCCGCCCCACACCCUCACACAUCUGCCCAUCCUAAAUGUAUCACAAAAUAACUUCACAACCUUAAUUACUAACACAUUUACUGUAAGUAUAGAUACAGUAGUUUGACUGUCAAAUAAAAUAAAAAACUUCAACUUGAAAUAAAUAUCAAAUAAAAAAAUUCAACCAAAAAUAAAUAAAAAUAUUGGAUAAAAACGUAUAACUAAAAUAAAUAAAUAAAUCCGAGCCACAUCAAUUACCUCAAGUUACCUCAAUCCCCCACAAAAGACUGAAAGCAGGUCUAGCAGGUCUGAAAUCAGGACUCAACAUGUGCGUGCGUCUUUUACAGAUUCACACGUCUCUAUUUUCUGGAUUCAAAGUCAUGAAUGAGGUCGAACUCUUCUUAACAACAUAAAUUGAUAUAAAACUUCAGCCAAUAUGUUAUAUAUCGGCUGAAAUGUACAGCUAAUAAAACUUUGUGCCUCAAAGUUUUAUUUCAACAACAUACCACCUUCAAGUGAAGCACGAAUUUCCUCUGUUUUGCCCUUUUUUUUUUCUCUUGCUCCUUAUUCAUGAUGUCUUUUGGACGACAUGUUGAAAUCUCCCCGUCUGUAGCUCUGCACAAGCCUCCCUGACGCGCAGCCCUCUGAUUGGUCAGAUGUGAUACAGGUCUGCGUUCUCUCCUCCGCCUCACGGUGAGGGAUGUGCGCUACCGUGCAAAUGCGUCCCCUCGCGCAAAAUGUGGCCCUACGUUGAAGGAGGGGCGGCCCCGGAUAAGCAUUAGGAUCUCCUGAGCACGCCGCCACGUCCGUGUCUCCAGAGGUGGCUCUGCAACAGAGAGGGUUCAACUGGUACAGAACGGAGCACGCGGUUAACAUUUCAGUCACACACGCUCUUUGAGAAAAAAGAAACAAUCACAGGAAUAGUAAGUACCAUAUUCAUCCUAAACUUUUAUUGCACGUUUGGUCAAAAUAUGUGUUAAAAGUUCGUAAGCACAGACUCAAUUAGACCCUUCUGACCGCAUGGGACAGCUCUGCCCCCCGUGGUCAGAAGUAGUAAUGCUACGUAGAGUGCCUUUAAAUUGAUCAAUCUAGUAGUCAUGGAGAAAUUAUACAUCUAUCAUUUUGCGCCACGUUUUGUUCAGACAGGUUUUUAACCCCUGAGACGAUAACAGUAAUAAAAAUGGAGAUAAACUCAUGAUCAGCUUAGAAAGCUGGAAAAGGCUGUUAAGUUCAUGAUCUUCUUCACAACGGACAGCCUGUUUUUAACAGAAGUAUUAACAUAUAAACGGAUAUAUGCUCAGAUUGAGGUGUGGCAGAGCAGCAGCAGGUUCCAGGCUGAGCUGGAGGAAGGAUACGAGGCUGGUUUUAACCUCCACGUCCUCAUAAAAACACUCCUCCAACGUGAAGGGUUGAGAUCAGAAACGUGUCAAGCUUUUGAUGGACACGUACUGAUCACACACAUUUAUUCAGCUCCGGCUCAAUAAACAGGUGAAUAAGCUGCUCUCUGGGUAAACGCAGGACCCAUCUCAACAUGGACCGGUACCCGCUCGCUCGCAUCUGCGUUUAUCUGCUCGCCAUCAACUAUUUUUGUCUAAAUUUCUCCCGUUUUUCGCACAGAAACCUGCUGAAAUGAAUGUUUCUGUGUGAAGGCGCGGAGACAGUUUCCCCCUCUGGUGCAGAUUCACCUUCUUGUUUACACUCUGGAUCCCUCGGACCUGCUCCGGGACGGGCCCCCUUUUGGUGUGUGUGUGUGUGUGUGUGUUGCCUGGUGUGUGUGUGUGUGUGUGUGGGAGGGGGGGUGAGUACUGACGCAUUAAUCAGAGAAGCAGUGUGAGGCCGUGGGGCCGGCGUGAAGGAGUCCAGUUUAGUGUGAAACAGCUGAGGACCUGGUAGGAGUGUUUUAGCAACGUGUGUUACUCUCUACGAUGUCGCUGCUAACUCGUUUGUGACAACUAGCUCAUCUCUAACCAUGUCGGCGCUCACGGAUGUUCCUACGUUUUGGUUUGUGUCCCUGAUGUGAAUGUGUUGGGUCCAUAGAGUGAAUAUCUGUUUGAGUUCGGAUGUCUGCUACAUAUAGUGUAAGCAUUGUGACUGCAAAUAAACCUCAUUGAUUUUUACGGUG